GGCAGGGAUUUCGUGAGGCACACUUGGGUUAAUCAUCACAGAUUGGGAUUUAGACUUUGAAUUAUGUAGGAGCUUUCCCAAACCCAAGUUUCAGAGCACCUUCGUGGUAUUGUUUCUGCCUCGUUUACCUUUAAAAUGGACCUCUCAGUUGUUUAUAUUCCACUUUGGGCCAUUUUAAACUUUUUAUUAUUUGUUUUCCUCUUGGGUUUGCCUGCUUUUCCUCAUGAGCAAUGAUUCUGUCUUAAAUCUUGUAGGGUGCAAUGUCUGAACAAGAGCGUAUACAGGAAUGCCUGAGGAAGGAAAUAAGGUCACUUCUCAUUUCCACCAAAGAUGGUUUGACCCCACAGCAGCUGGAAAAGGAGUACCUUUUGAUGGUUGGCAACCAUUUGCCGCUCCGAAUCCUUGGGUAUCGGUCCAUAAUGGAGCUGGUGUUGGACAUGCCUGAUGUUGUCAGUGUCUGCCCCUGUGGGGAUGGUACUGUAAUACUGAAAGCCAUCCCAGAUGAGUCCACCAAAGGAAUAGCAAAUUUAGUUGCAAAACAGAAGAGCAACCAUAAGGUUCGAAACUCCGUGCAGAAGGGAAGGGCCAGUGUUUGCUCUGGUCCCAGCUCUCGCCGGCGAGUACCUUACCGAGGAAGGGUGCCCCCUAUUCUUCCAGCUGUUGUGAAGAGCGAGUUGAAAGACCUCUUGGCGUUGUCUCCUGUUCUCCUUUCUGAUUUUGAAAAUGCAUUUGCCAAUCGAUUUGGACGAUCAUUCCAGUAUGUGCAGUAUGGCUUCCUCUCUAUGUUCGAAGUGCUGAAUGCUGCUUCAGAUGUUGUUUCUGUGGAGCAGACCAGAGCAGGUUCUUUGUUGACACUGAAGAAGAGUGUAUCAGAGGAAAAGCAGAGAGGAUGGCCUGCAGGUAAGAUUUUCACCCAACCUUUUAGAAUGAAGCAACAAGGGUCUUAUCCCAUAGGCUUCCCAGUAGCAAAGGCAUGCUUUUCACAACCCACUUCAAACAUGGAACCACCAAAGCAAAUACUGGACAUGGAAAGGAAUUCUAGAUCAAAUGUAAUGGAGACUUCAAGGCUGAAUCACAGUGAAAAAUUAAACCAGUUGGAGAAUACCUUCAAAUCAGUUAUUGCACAAAUUGGACCUGGAGGGACUAUUAAUCCAGAACUAAAACAUAAGAUAAAAUUUGUUGUAUCCAAGUUUCCAGAGGGUUUGCUUAUUUCUAAAUUGCUUAGAGAGUUUGAGUUAAUUUUUAAAGAGCAACUUUCACCCAAAAAACUGGGCUUCUUAAAUGUAAUAGAGCUUGUUGGAGCACUUAGUGACAUUCUCCAUGUUGAGUUCAGGGAAGGAGAACAAGACUUGCUGGUGUUUGAUGCUGAUAUGAAGCCUCUAGCAUCUGUUCAAUCAGAUAAGAAAAUAGAAGGCAAAGCUUGUGUGUCCAGUCCCCCUAGAAAUUCACUGUCUACUGCUGUUAUCAAGGAGACUACUUGGGAUUGCCCUUCAAAAAACCAUAAGGAACCGGAACAGAAGAUUUUCAAGAAGCCUAAUCUGGUGGUAAAACCUUUGCAGCUGCAAGUAGAAAUGAACAAAUCCCAGCUCAACUUGGCAAUGGCAAAUCAUGACAUCCCACCAGAUGCUGUGCGGGACAAGAAAUUAUGCAGACUGCCCCCAUUAGAUACUAGUACCCUCGUGGGUGUCUUUGUGGAGUAUAUCCUCUCUCCUAGUCAAUUCUACAUCCGAAUCUACAGCAGGGAUUCAUCAGAGUUACUUGAGGACAUGAUGAUUGAAAUGCGGCGCUGUUAUUCUAAUCAGUUGGUUUCUGAUCGAUAUGCCAUGCCAGAGUGUUUUAUCCAGCCAGGACAUCUCUGUUGUGUAAGGAUUUCUGAGGAUAAGUGGUGGUAUCGGGUCAUUAUCCAUCGAAUUCUUGGGAAACAGGAAGUUGAAGUGUUCUAUCCAGAUUUUGGAAACAUUGGAACUGUUCAGAAGUCUUCCCUGAGGUUCCUCAAGUGCUGCUACACAAAGCUUCCUGCUCAGGCUAUCCCUUGUUCUUUGGCAUGGGUGAGACCAGUAGAGGAACAUUGGACAUCCAGAGCUGUUUUGCAGUUCCAGAAGUUGUGUGGCUUGAAACCAUUAGUAGGGGUAGUGGAUGAAUAUGUAGAUGGGAUCCUGAACAUUUUCCUGUGUGACACAUCCUCAAAUGAAGAUGUCUAUUUCCACCACGUUUUGAGGACAGAGGGUCAUGCUAUUGUAUGCCGAGAAAAUGUCCCUUCUAAGGGUUUCAGAGACCUCAACCCGUUAGCUUUAUACACUAAAUCCAGUGUGAGGCCUGAGGACAUUGUCCUAAAAGAGCUGGGCUAUCAUUCCCAGCAGCACUAUUUUAAUGAAGACCGAGAGAUCAGUCCACAGUCAAAAGAGAGUGACUUAUAUAUCCUGGAUGAGAUCCCCACUGGAAUGCCAUGCCUGGAGUCAGUAACCAUAGGUGAUGAUAUUUGGGAUGAGAACUGGUUACCUUUGCAGGCUAAAAUGGGAAAAGAAAGCAAUGCUGCCUCCCACUUGUUUACCUCAAGCCUUGGUGGAAAGAAACCAUAUUCAUCAUGUAAAGAAAUACCACAGAAGGAUUGGUGUUUUUCUACACCCGAAGAUAUAUGGGAUGAUUCAUGGCAGCCUUCAGGCCUUGUGAAUGGAAUGAAGGUAGAAGUUCAAAUACCAGAAGGACUGGGUGCUCAAGAAAAACAUGUUGACACAACCAGGAUUCAAAAGCAAUCAAAUGUCAAGAGUGCCUCAGAUUCUCCCGUGUUGCCCAAACUGGAGGAGUUCUACAUCUCUCUUAUCCAGUCACAGCAGUCAGCAGAAGGCGGCCAGUUUGAGCCUAGCAACACUCAGACUCCACCAAAGCAAAUUCAGCUGUCCUCACCUCCUGCAUUGGCCAGUUCUGGGUCAGUGGAAGGCUCCCCAGAGAGCCUAGAGAACGAAGAUUUUUCUAGUAGCUCUGCUAUUACAGUGUUCAAAGAUACAAGUCAGGGAGCCGUGGACCAGCUCUCUUUGAUUUUGUCUCCUGAGCACCAGAUUUCUCAGAAGUUCUACAUUCCUCGAAGCACAGCCACUGCUGCCUUAGGAGCUGCCGCAAGGCUCGCCACAUCCAAGAGCCUCCUGCACUGGUACCCCAGUGUGAAAAAGAUGGAAACAUGAGGGCGGUGGGGAGGAAAAAGUCAACCAGAGACUUAG